AUGGAAUCAUCGCAAUCGUUCAUUACAUCCAUUAGUUGGCGUCGGAUCAAAGCUCGAUAUUCGAUAGAUAUUUCCACUACUUCGUCUGAUAAUUUAGAUACUCGAAUGGAGGUUCCCGAAGAAUAUUUGGGUCUUAUUCAUUAUCUUCACUCAUCGGAUAUCAACAUAUGUUCUGCGAAACUAAUUCCUACUUACACCAAUAAGUAUACGACAAAAAGUGAUGCAGCUCUAGACGAACUAGUCAACUACUUGAUCACAUCGACUGGCAAAGAAGAUAUUCUAAUUGCUCCGACCAUUUAUCUUCAUAUCGAAAAAGAAAAGCCGCCAACUACAAACACAUAUUCAUAUCGCGUUCCUUCGCAGAAAUAUACGAUUACUCUAUAUUCAUAUAAACUAACGUUAAGACAACUGAAGACACAAGUGAACGAAUGGACUGUGCAAUAUCGCGAGUAUAUCAAAGGCAAAAAUAAAGGAAACUUCUAUCGAUUUACGUUCGUGUCGGCACCUGUGAAUUCAGAAGGAAAAACUACUGUUACAUUUCAUAAGAAUCUUUUCGUCACAACGAAAUCGUUCGAUAAUAUUUUCUUUAACGGCAAAGAAGAAUUAAUCAAACGCUUGGACUUUUUUCUCAAUAAUCCCAGCUUUUAUCAAAAGCGCGGUAUUGCACAUUCACUUGGCCUGCUCUUCUACGGUUCACCUGGUAUGUAUCAUUGA